UCUUUUUCUGUCCCCUUCUCCUCAGACCAGUGACAGAUUCUCAAAGCACAGCAAUUGAAAGAGACUUCCAAGACAAGUGAGUAGCUGAAUGAAAGUUAAUACUUUACUUGAUAAAACUCACGACAUGGAUGACUGCUACACUGGCACAAUCAAUAGUAGUUCAGAAAUGCCAUCAAAAGCCCUUGCCCCCAGGGAAACAUAGGUAUCUUUCACACGGGGGAACUUUUUAACUUUUUUUGUAAAGUAGAUGGGUUUAUUUUAAAGAGAUAAAGACAUCCAGAAAGAAGCAAACUCCCAAGUAGUCCAUGGCUUUCUGCCAGCCUAGGGCCAUACUGUCUAAAGGAAUUACUUCUAAGGGAGCCAUGAAAAAGUAGUUGUGGAUAACAUACAUCCAGCAUACACAGUUUCAUCAUGAGAAAGUAAACAUAAAAAGUAUGGAAAUAUGCAAGAUUACUUGGAGGAUCAGAAUUAAGAGCCCUUUCGCCAACUAAAAAGAUGAAAGCCAAAAAACAAGUCCUAAGUCUGCAGUUUAUGUACUCUUCAACUCAGACAGAUGCGAACUCCUACUAAUUGCAGAGGAAUUGUUCACUAGCUUGGAGAUACACACUACAAUAAUCUGGAAAAGACAGCUGGAGGCUGGCAAAACUGACCUAUAACAGUUUGCCAAGUUUUAUUUUAAAUGACCAAGGAAGCUCUUCAAACUCUUAGAGAAAUAAAUUAGUUUGCUCUCUUCUCCAGUAAUUAGAUUGGAAAAACCAAGUAUCCAGUAAAUGUAAAUCGGUGUUUUUAAGUAGUGCUUCCCAAGUGGAUACCCCAAUUUGUUAUCCCUGAAGAAUAAAGAUUAACAAACCUACAAAAAAAGUUACAACACUCCUGACUCAAACCGCUAGAGGAAUUCCUUUUGUGUAUUUAGAAUUUUAAGCACAUAGAAAUGCAUUAAACGCUAUUAGGGAUUCAAACAGACGCAACUGUUUCUCAGAAUUUGUAACGUGAAUAUUAAUGUAGACGCAUGCUCUCCUACCCUAUGGUAUACAGUUACACACUUUAAUACUGUUAGAUUUAAAUCCUAAUAAGGACGCUCCAUCUCUUGAACUGUUCAGUGGGCGUAAGCAGGGCCCAGGCUGGUGGGAGACACAGGGAUGGCGACCUCCUGCAGCUCCUGUGUGGGCUUUUUUCUUCACUUUGGGAGCCUGCCAGCAGGCCGCGGCUAGAGAGAGCCCUCCCAUCCCGUUUUACAGCGGCAGAACGAUAGUUACGGGUGGCAAGAACACACAGCACAGCCGACGGAGCUACUGCCUCAGCGCCCCGCAGCCGCUUCCCUCAGGCGGCAAAAUGGCGGCGGCAGCUGUGAGGGGAGGGGGCGCCGGGGCGAGUCCGCAUCGCGGCCGUUAGCCACCGCCUCCUUCUCCUCCUCUUCCCGCCCUGCCGGCGGGGAGGAGCGCCGAGUUGCGGCCUGUGCCGUUCACGCCCCCUCGGGGAAGCGGUGGGGCCGGGGUGCGGGGUAGCGCUCUGCCAUCCUCCUCCUCCUCUCGCCGCAGGCUCGGUCUUGUCCCCCUUCUCCCUGAGCUGCUCGGAGCCCGGGCCUGAGGAAAAAUGAUAUUCAUCCAGCAUUCCUGAGUAAUAAGAAUGGGUCCAGAUGUACCACUGCUCAACGAUUACAAGCAAGAGUUUUUCUUGAAGCGCUUUCCACAGACUGUGCUGGGAGGUCCCCGGUUUAAACUGGGCUAUUGUGCCCCCCCUUACGUAUACGUGAAUCAGAUCAUUCUUUUCUUGAUGCCAUGGGUUUUGGGAGGAGUAGGAACGCUUCUGUACCAAUUAGGCUUUAUGAAAGACUAUUAUACCGCAGCACUUUCAGGAGGACUGAUGUUUGUCACUGCGCUUAUUCUUCAGAUGGCCAAUCUAUAUGCAAAACAGAAAACAGUGACGGUAGAAAGAAUGCAAAUCCAGAAUGCUCUAACAGAUGAAGAUGAGUUUGAAUUUUCCAGCUGUGUAGGUUCAGAGACAGUAAAAUUUAUUAUUCCUGGCAAGAAGUAUAUAAUCAACACUGUAUUUCACUCGCUUCUGGCAGGGGUGUUGUGCGGGCUGGGAACUUGGUAUUUGCUGCCAAACAGAAUAACCUUGCUAUAUAACAACAUUGGAGGGACUGUUAUGGUCUUUGUAUUUGGAUGGGUGACUGUAUGCAUAGCAGAGUAUUCGUUAAUUGUAAAUACAGCUACCGAGACUGCUACUUUCCAAGCCCUGGAUACUUAUGAAAUCACCGCUCUGAUGAGACCUUUCUAUAUUUUUGUCUUUAUUGCAGUGGAUCUUGCACACAGGUUUGCUGUCAACGCGCCCAUUCUAGAGCAGGCAAACCAGAUUUUGCACGUCGUAUUUCUUUGUCUGCCGUUCUUGUGGGCAAUGGGAAUUCUGCCCCCGCUUGACGCACUUUUUCUGUGGGGAAUGGAACAACUGUUGGAGUUUGGACUAGGAGGUUCACCUAUGUCAAGUAACACAAAGUUGUUAGUAAUGUUUCUCAUUUCUGCUGGAACAGCAAUAGCGUCGUAUUUCAUUCCCAGCACUCUCGGUGUGAUCCUCUUCAUGACUGGAUUUGGGUUCAUACUGAGUCUUAACCUAAGCGAGAUUGGUUUUGCCUUCAAACACACCAUGAGCAGCCGGUUAGCCUCCAGCAAAUCUAAAGAUAUGCGUAGUGGUCUUAGAAUACAGCUCGGGUGGAGGGAGUUUAUUUUUUAUUUGACUGUACUGACACUUGCUCUCACAGAAGCUAGCCUGCUGCAUCAGUUUGCAGGCUUUUCAUCGUUUUCCAAGGCCAGUCCCCAGGCUGUAGUGAGUUACAUUCUGCUCGUAUUACUUGUAACUAUGUGGAUUCUUAGAGAGAUUCAGAGAGUGUACUUGUUUGGAACCUUCCGAAACCCCUUUUAUCCCAAGGAUAUCAGGACUGUGACUGUGUUCAUGGAGAAGCAAAGAAGGCUAAUGAAAGUUGGUGUUGUCAGGAGGAUUUUACUAACACUAGUGUCUCCGUUUGCUAUGAUAGCAUUCCUGUCACUAGACCGUUCACUACAAAAUCACCAUUCCGUGUCUGUUUCCAUCGGAUUCACAAGAAUAUUUAGGAUGGUAUGGCAGAAUACAGAAAAUGCCCUGCUGGACAUCGUGGUUGUGUCAAUAGCACAAAUGUUGGUGUUCAGUCCAGACCUAUGGUGGAACAGGAGCCUUGAUACGGGAAUCAGACUGUUGCUGGUUGGUAUCCUACGGGAUCGACUGCUUCAGUUUGCCUCAAAGCUGCAGUUUGCCAUAGCCAUUCUUCUGACAUCAUGGACAGAGAAAAAACAACGCCGUAAAUCUGCCGCCACCUUAAUCACGCUGAAUGUGGUUUUCUUCCCAGUCCUGCUGAUCUUCAUCGCCGUCUCUGCGCUCCUUUCUUCUCCACUGCUGCCUCUCUUCACGCUGCCGGUAUUUCUGAUUGGGUUUCCUAGGCCGAUCCGAAGCUGGCCAGGACCGGUGGGUGCCACUGGUUGUGUUUGCUCUGACACGGUGUACUACCAGCAGAUGGUUCCAAGCCUGGCUCUUGCUCUGCAGUCUGCAUUAGCAGCUGGUAGCCUAGGUCUCUCUCUACCUGGAUCGCAUUACUUGUGCCGUUUUCAGGAUAGACUGAUGUGGAUCUUGGUGCUGGAAAAAGGCUUCACUUACUGUGGCGUUAAUAUUAAGGGACUGGAGCUGCAGGAAACAUCCUGCCAUGCUGCUGAAGCUCACAGAGUGGAUGAGAUUUUCGAAAUGGCCUUUGAACAUCAGGAGCACACGAAGAUUCUCUCUCUUAAUCACCAUUUUGGACACAUUUUGACUCCUUGUACUGUUCUACCUGUGAGACUGUAUUCUGAUGCCAGAAAUGUGUUAUCUGGAAUAAUUGACUCCCAUGAGAAUUUAAAGCAUCUAAAAGAUGAUUUCAUUAAAGUGCUUGUAUGGAUGCUUGUCCAGUAUUGCUAUAAAAAGUCAAAAGCAUGGGAAACCCUGGGCAGUGCAGACAGGAACAAGAAAGGGCCAUUUGCAGGAAAGCAGCACAGCAGUGCAGUAGAAGCACCCGGGCCUCGGAGGGAUGAAGAAAGCUUCAGCGUUGAUACAGUUGAGGACUGGACUGAUGAUAGUGACAUUUUUGAUCUCGAACCCAGGGGCAGAAUGAGAGACAGAAAAGAACCUCGAGGUUUGGGAAUGACACCAAAAGCGCGUCUGUCUAUUCCAGGAUCUGUAGAAACACAGAGCCAAGGUGUCCCGCAGGAAAUGUUGCCGGAAGAUAAAUUACACAGGGCUGUUGUGCUUGGGCUUCCUGCUGUAGACAAAGGAAAACAGCAGGAAGUUGUACCUCAGGUUGAGUUUAGUUGCUCUUACUCAGAGCUAUUGAGCAUCCCUGAAGAAUGGAGAACGGCUCCGGUGCCUCCUUCCAAAGUGCAUGAAAUGAGGCAGAAGUUUCCAGAAGAAUGGUACCAUUUCAUUUUGAGUCAGCUGGACUUUUUUCACCUGAAGGACAAGCCUUCCAAUUUACUUGAUGACCUUAUGAAAGAUAAAGCUUUGAAAGACUUAUACGUCCACGGUGUAUUGUCGUGUUGUUUUGGUCUGUUUGGCCUGGAUAACACCGUGCCUGCCCCGAGCCACGUGUUCAGAGCGUACACUGGUGGUAUUCCUUGGUCUGUAGGUUUGGACUGGCUGACUGGCAAACCAGAGCUAUUCCAACUUGCAUUAAAAGCAUUCAGAUACACUUUUAAACUCAUGGUUGACAAAGCAAGCCUGGGUCCAGUUGAGAACUUCAAAGAGCUCGUUAACUAUCUGGAAGAAUAUGAGAACGACUGGUACAUUGGGCUGGUGUCAGAUCUGGAGUGGCAGCAAGCAGUUCUCCAAGAAAAGCCAUACCUUUUUUCUUUGGGGCACGAUCGAAAUAUGGGAAUUUACACUGGGCGAGUCCUCACUCUCCAGGAAUUGCUAGUACAAGUGGGAAAGCUUAAUGAUGAAGCUGUCCGAGGUCAGUGGGCAAAUCUGUCCUGGGAGCUGCUGUAUGCUACAAAUGAUGAUGAAGAACGCUACAGCAUCCAGGCACACCCAGUUCUUCUGAGAAACCUCACUGUGCAAGCAGCAGACCCACCCCUUGGCUACCCUGUUUAUUCUUCUGAGCUUCUGCAUCUGCCUUUGUUCUAGACUGUCUGUAGCACUUCCUUGUUAUUAUGAUUAUUAUUUGGUAAUUCCUAUUUGCCUGUUGGGAAACACGCUCGUGCUACAUUUAUACACUAGAAGUAAGACUGAGAAUCACGCUGGGUGGCAGUGCCAAACCAGCGGACGUAAUUUGCACAGAAGUGGUGCUAGCCAGAACCUUCAGCAGGCAGGAAGUUUUGUUUUCUUGCUGCUGGAACAUUUGAGACACCAUUGCCUGUGAGGCUGACAAGCCAGGAGAUGCUGAAAUUCUCUUCUCCAGGUUAGAGAAGAGCAGCACGAUUCUGAUCAUUAACUGUGUUUGGUGCGUUCUGAUUUUUUUCUUUGUAAUAGUUGGACAGGUGACUUGCACUGCCAGGUUACAGCUCACUGUAGAACCGUCAACCACAGAGUUGAUGACCAAAGUGUAUAUAUGACUAUUUAUAUGAUUUAUUUUUUAUUCUGGCCAUUUUAUAUUGGACUGAGUUCAGUUUUAGUAUUUGUUAUAAUAUAUGCCUUCGGGUGAUCUUCCUUAGUUGUAGUAAGUUACCAGCUGUGCUUUCGUGAAGUUAUAAGGGAGGAUUUUUACCAAAGUACAUGUUGUGGGGGGCAAAGACAUUCCUAUAAAACAGUUGCAUUGACACUUUAAUAACCCGUAUGGCCCACUGAUGAAAGUGGGCAUGUGUGAUUAGGGAUCAGAUGGAAUUUGAGUCCAAAUGGAUGAAUUUGAUUUCGUUCUUCCAGUACCCAGCUGUAUAUAUUUAAACUGUUGUGUGUAACCUAUGUCCCCAUCACUAAGCAGUCUUCCACAGAUGCAGUGAGUGCUUGAUGACUGAGGGUGGAAUCCUCUGUCUUUGACAGAAUUCUUGUUGUUUUUUUUCACCUUAGCAGAGCUUAAAACGAUUGGCAAUUGUUUGGUACUAUUACAGGUCUCCUUUAAAACAGGCCUGGGUCAUCUCUCCAGUGAUUAGUUUAUCCUGGUCAUUACCACCAGUCAUUAGCACAUGUAUUUUCUCUGUAGAGCUAUAGCUACAGUGUAGUUAUUGCUGGCGUAGGUUGAGCAGGAUGUAAGCAUUUGUCUUUCUUUAAGCUGUAAAAUCAAUUUAAAGCACAUCUGCUCUGUAACUGGUAUGGUGUUGGUUUAGAGAACCCUGUACUGCAUAACUCGGAGCAUGUGUAUUACUUCUACUUCUCACCUUUAAGACGUUUUCCUGCUGGAUCAAGUUUGUCACUGGACCAUGCACUAUGUACGUGGUUAUUAACUGUUUGUUUCUACCAGUGAAGUAUGCAAACCCUGUAAUGGAAUUCAGAAGAGGUACCGGAACAGCCAUCAAACCCCAGAGUACAACCCUCUCACAGUACAGGAUGAAAUUCACACAGUAUUAAUGGAAUAAGCUUUUAGAAAGUGAUUGUUUGGUGUGCAGGAGCGUGAACAGCAAAGCGCUGAUAACUACAGAAAUCCUCGCUUGCUCUCUAUCUGGAAACACGGAGUCGUGGACACAGAUCUGGUGGGGGCUUUUACAGAGCACCUACUUCAGCUCCCUGUCAAGAGGGACUACUCCUGGCAAAUGUUUAAACCGUCUUAAAACAUUUAAUACCAGUUGGAAAGGUUGGGGUUGUUGUUUUCUUUUUCCUCUAUCUGAUUUAAACCUCCCUGCCUCAUUGUAUGCCUCCUACUGACUUACCUUCACAGAAAAUUUCAUUCUUUUGUUUUCUACUUUGUCUUCUGUAAAACGAAUAAACUAGCUGAGAAAAGAC